AUGUUUACACGUUAUUCAACUUAUAAAGUUGGAGAAAAUUUUGACAAAUUGAAUCUCCAUGGUACUAGGUUAGGAAUUGGAUUUUAUAACCCUUCUUUGGAGAAUGUUACCGUUGUUGAUGCAUUUGAUUUUAUAAUUGAUGAGUUUGGGAAACAAGGUAUGAUGGUGUUGGUUGAUAAUCAUGUUAGUGAUCCUAAAUGGUGUUGUGACAAUAAUGAUGGAAAUGGAUUCUUUGGUGACCAAUAUUUUGACCCUCAAGAAUGGUUAGAAGGACUUUCUGAUGUUGUGGCAAUAGGGAUGAGAAAUGAAUUAAGAGGUCCAAAUCAAGACAAAAACAAUAGGCACAAGUACAUGAGCCAAGGAGCUACAAUUGUUCACAAAGCAAAUCCAAAUGUUUUAGUCUUUGUUUCUGGCUUAAACUAUGACACUGAUUUAAGUUUCUUGAAGACAAAUCCUCUAAAUGUUAGCAUAGGGAACAAAUUGGUAUAUGAGUUACAUUCCUAUGCAUGGUCAAAUGGGUCACCAAAUGAUUGGAAUCAGCAACCAGUGAACAAAAAAUGUGCCAAAAUGUCCCAUUGUCACGAGUUUAAUAAAAUAGGGAUGGCAAUGGGUAGGGAUCCAGAUGAGUGA